AUGGAGCGCGUAGAGGAUGGCUCCAGCAUGAACGUCGUUCCGCCAAUGUUCCAUGCUGGGAUCUCAAACAAGUUCACUAAGCGCCACCACGGCAACUUCCGUGAUACAACAUUAACAGCAGCAUCUGCAGCUAAAGAGCGAGCCGAGCGGAAGCUUGAACGACAAGCAAAUGCGAUCGAGAAGCAGCAGCAGAAGAUCGACAAUGAGAUAAAGAAAAUCGCCGAGAUUACUCAAAAUCUGCAUCGUCAACAGCUUCGAGAGGCGAAGCGUCUUCGAAAUCGACUGAACUAUGCCGCUUCAAAGGUUCAAGCUGCUUAUCGCCGAUAUUUUGCUUAUUUAAAUCAACAAAAGCGAGAGGCUGCUGUGAGUAUCCAGACUUUAUCUCGUGGAUUUUUAGCUCGACGAUUGAGUUGCAGACUACGAGCACAGCGCCAAGAGUACGAGCAAAACUGCUCAUCAGUGAUUAUUUCAAGGUGCAUUCGGAGAUGCUCCGCACGAAACAUACGCGCUAAUGAGAUCAAGCGCAGAGAUUCGGCAGCUCGCAGUAUACAGAGUAUCGUUCGCAUGGUUGUUGCUCGAUCUUACGUCCAAGAGCAGCGACGACAGCGACAAGAAGCGGAACUCCAACACCGAGCAGCCAUUGUGAUUCAAUGCAACGUGCGAAGCUUCAUGACUCGAUUGAUCUAUCUCGACGUACUCUACUUGAUCUGCCGCAUUCAGGCGGUCAUGCGUGGAUGCCUCGUUCGGCGACAGUUGCGGUGGCUUCGCAUCUCCGACGUGGAUGCUAUAUCGAAACUGCAAGCUCAUGUUCGAGGGUAUUUGGUCAGGAGAAGGCUAGAAAGAGAACAAGAGAAUAUUGAGCACAAGUCUGUCCCUACCAGCCGAUCGAGUCAUGGCUCAGUUCGCAACAGUGGACAGGCAGAUUUUGGGGCGUCAAAACGAAAAUUAGACGGGGCUCGAGAUCGUAUUGAAGGAUUUCGCACGACACGUGCGUCUUCCUUCUCGCUUGCAAGUGAUGAAAAGCUUGGAAGGACGUUUGCUAGAUCCUCAACGGGACUUGGAUGGCAACCUAUCGCCGAGCCGGCAAUAAAGCGCUCGUACUGGUUGCCAGCAGGUGCUAGCUUUGAUAAACGACUUCCAGUGUUACCUGUACCCAAGCGUAUGAUGGUGUUAGACAGUGGAGAUCCUUUCGAUGACGACUUGCGGCUUAUAAAUCAAAGCUGGACGCCCAAGAAACGUCCACAUCAAAAACCAUGUCCAGUUCGAUUACGUCCUGUCGUAAUUCCCUCUGCAAAAAGUGAUGUCGAUGGUCUUAGCUCGAAUGAAGUUGGAGAAAUUGGCAGCGAAUUAGAAAGGGAAGAGCGCCUACGUCGACAAGAAGAACUCAAGCAAAAGUUACAACUUCGAAGAGCCCAGGAAAAACGCCAACAGGAGCUCGAACUCAAGCUUAAACGUGAAGCCGAGAAUGAAGAAAAUGAACGGAGGUUAAUGGAACGUGAGGAGAAGGCUGUUCGUCUUCAGCUUCGAAUUCUUCGUCGGCGUGCAAGAGAGGGAAAAACCCGACAGGCGACUGCUGAUCAGCGACGAGAAGAGCGGGAACGACUCGCAAUGGCACGAGAAGAACGACACAUUCGGCUUCACAUUAAGUUUUGUGCUCGUCAGAAGACCAAACGACGACAGAUCGCUGCAACAACAAGUGAGUCGGAGUCACAACCUCCCUCUACAUCUUCAAGUCAGCGUGAAUUACUGUCACAUCGGAAGUCUUCAGCUGCCAAAUCUCGUAAGACCAAGUCUGCAUCCAAGAAAGAAGACGUUAGUAGUGAGGAUGACGGGGACAUGUCUUUCCUUGACAUUAACUUCACUAUACCGCUCUCUAUGAAGUCACGCAAGCAGCCACGAAGCAAAAUACAGUCAAAGAAGCCCCGCGUAAGUAGCACUUCGGUCCCCAUGAAAAAGAAGAAGCAAGUUGGAGGAAAACCCAGGAGAAACAAUACUCCUGGGUGCGGAAUUGUGACUUUGCCUGUCGAGAUAGCAGCCGAGGAAGACGAUUUUGGCUAUGGAGACGAAUUCGACGACGUCGUGGACGAAGCAGCUCUCGGUCACCUAAUCUGUUAA